AUGGUGAAGACUACGAAGGGAGGCAAAACUAUGAACCCUACCGACGCUUACCGGAAGGAGAUCCGCAAGAAGGAAUUAAAACGGAACAAAAAGGAGAGGAAGAAGGUGAGGGAAGUUGGCAUUUUGAAGAAGGACCCAGAUACCUUAAAAGAUCAGAUUCAGAAGCUGGAAGCUAUGAAGGCAGAUGGUGCUUUGGACAAAGCAAGAAAACACAAGAAGAGACAACUUGAGGAUACACUUAAUCUUGUUAUCAAGAAAAGGAAGGAAUACGAAGAUAAACUAAAGGAAAAAGGUGAAGCACCCGUUAUGUUCAGUCACUUGGGACCUGUCCAAAGGCGGGCUACUGCGGAAGAAGAAGAAAGAGUUAGGCAUCCUAGGCCUGAAGACUCAGUUUACUAUCACCCAACUUUGAAUCCUUCCGGAGCUCCACCACCUGGGAAACCUCCUAUGUUCAAGUCAUCGAUAGGACCAAGGAUACCCUUAACAGAAGCUUCAUCAAGUAAUGCUGCAUCAUCAUCGAUAUCGGAGUCAGAGGAGGCUGGUUUAUCUGUCCCUCCUCCACCCCCACCUCCUAUGCCUAGUGCUGGCCUAGAUGCUGGAGAUGACACCAUUAUGCCUGCAUCUUUACCUUUACCCCCUCCACCCCCAAUGCCUCCAAAGCCUGCAAUGACAGACUUCACUACACCAUUGCCUCCACUACCACCACCUCCUCCUGGCCCCCCGCCUAAAGAACUAAUUGCAACUCGACCUCCACUUCCUCCACCCCCAGCCCUCCCGCAAUCUGUUCAACCACCUCCUCCUGGGACUGUUGGGAAUGAAAAGGAGAGAAGUCAUUCUGCAAAAUCAGAUGAACCAGCCUCCAGGGAUUCAACUCAUGCUUCAACAAUGCUUCCUCCACCUCCACCACCAGGAUUGCCACCGAAGUUGGGAAAUGAUCAGUCAGAAGGCUCAUCUUCGGAAUCUGAUUUGAAAACUUCUUCUGAGAACAAUGAUCUUUCAAAAAUGGUUCCUCCUCCACCAAUAAGGCAACAGCCUCCAGUGCCUGGACCCGCCAUGGUCACAAUGCCUCCAGGUAUUUUACGUUUUCCUCCACCUCCACCUGAGAUGCGGCCACCGUUACCCCCUCCUGGAAUUCCUGGGCAACUUGCCCCACCGGGAGUCAUGAUCCCACCAGUGCAAUUACCACCUUUUGGACCACCUCCUAUGAUGAUACCUCUUCCACCUGGUCCACCACCUAUUCCUCAAGGUGAACUUGUUUUUAGACAACCGGCACCUCCAAAACCAUCAUAUGUCAAAUCAGCUGCAUCAACUGUUGUAAAGAGGCCUCUGGCACAACAUACUCCAGAGCUUACAGCUAUGGUUCCAGCAUCUGUACGAGUCAGAAGAGAGUCCGUGCUCCCAAAACCAAAGGCGAAGCCAACGACUGCAGUGCCAACCAAUAGGCCACCUGCAGCUGCACCUGUCAUGAGGCAAGAAUCCAGUAGCUCAUCAUCUGCACCGAAACCACAGAGUAUUGAUGACUCCUACAUGGCAUUUUUGGAGGACAUGAAAGCACUUGGUGCCCUUGAUGAGUGA